GUCGGUGAGCCGCUCGAGGGAACACACACGAUCCCUCCCUCUCUCUUACCCAUGACCGCUUACCCUACCUAUCCUCCCCUCUCUCCACAACUCCCUUACCUACCCUCUCACCGCACCCCAGUCUCUGUUGAGUCUUGUACCCAUUCCCUCCUACCCAUCUCGCGGUGAGGGCAGAGUGAUACAAGUGUCAAAAGUUGCCAGAAAUAGUGACGAAGACCCUAGGAGGAGGAGCCUCGAGCAGGACACAAGAAGAGCUCCUGUUGACGGCGGGCUGACUGCUGGUGGUGCAUGAGUGUUCAACUUUUCACUCCAACCUACAAGACGGACGGCGUCACGUACAACAACAGUAACGGCACCAUGUCGUCCAUAGACCCACAAGUCAUGACAGUAGGUGGAGGGAAGAGACUGGAUGCCAACAACUAUGCCACCAAGAAGACGGUGGCACAAGGCAUGCUGGACGUGGCGCUCCUCACCGCCAAUGCCUCACAGCUCAAGUAUGUGUUGGAGGUGGGCGAGAAGCAUCCCUACUACACGGCAAUGAUCAUCCUCAUCUCCUUCUCCCUCGUCCUGCAGAUCAUUGUUGGCCUGUUGUCACUGACCCUGUCGAUGACGUGUGACUGUAAGAUGGAGGUGGCUAAGUACUCUGUGCCCGCUAAUAUCAUCAACUUCUUCAACCUGUCCGCCGUCUUUAUCAUCACGGCUCUCAACAUCAUCAUCACCGGCUUUGGCAUAAGACCCACUAACAUUCAAGCUCUCAGAUCCAGCGUUUAUUCAUAGAUACAGUAUUAUACAGUAUUACAUUAUACAGUACUGUACUGUAUCUGUACCUUACCUUGUCCAUAUCACACAUUUUACAUUUUCUAUGUAUAAAUGUAUCACCAGAAGGACAACAUACAACAGAGGGUAACAUGACACACCUGCUACUGUGUAAAUUAAUUACAAUAUACUCAUUAGUUAAGUCACAAAAAUUAAGUGAUAUCUUUGGCGUAUGGAACACCUUCAAAAAUUUAAGUACAUUACUGAACACUUUAUUAUACUUUAUCUUCUUCACUCGGGUGGUUGGCCACGUACACCUGUGGUUGGCUCAACACAAUACACCUGUACUGUACUGUACAGAACACUGACUUGAUCCUUCCACCAUCAUCAACUGAUUAUUAUAUCACAUUAUAAAAUGCAAAUUAUUUCUAAAUGUAAAGAUGAAUACUGUACUGCACAGUAAUUCUUACAGGAUAUGUAAGUCCUUGUUCAGUACUGUACCAUCUACUGUACUGUAUUAUUGUUGUAUUUGUUAACUGAACUGAAACUACUGUAUAGUAUACAUAAUACCGUAUAACAACACAACUCCAAUAUGGAUAAUACCAACUUCUACCUUUGAGUAAUUCAUAUUUACAGAUAAAUAUUAAGAGCACAGUACUGUACCUGUAUCAGAAUUUACCUGAAUACAGUAAAUACUGUAGGUAUACUGUACAUGUACAGGUAUAAGAAUACUUUGCUGUAUUUUAUAUCUACUCAGAGGAAACCUUUAGCAGGAAUAUAUUUAUAUAUGUUUGCAUGUUGACAAGGUAAGUUACUUGAAGGUCAACUCCAGUCCCAUUAUACCUUCAGUGUUAUUGUUGUGGUUUCCCAUAAAAUGGUUAAGAAACCUGAAUAAACAGCUAAAACUGUUUUGACUCAAAGCCCAUUAAAAAAAUUACUGCCCGAUAAAACUUUCUAAUACUGUACAGUAACUUAACACAUGAUGCCACUAGAGCAAACUACAGUAUCAUCAAAUUUGACCGAGAUGGACAGUUGUUAACAAGUUGAAAGUUGCUUUUGUAUAGUUAGACCAAAAAUAUUUUCACCAUCUUUAUAUGACAUAAAUCUACAUCAAAAUUAAUAUAAACGUAGAGUACACUACAAAGUUCAGUACUAUUUCAAUUUGGAAAAGAAAAAAUGCAAAAGGUGUUAUAAACUUCAAGCUUGCACCAUGUGACCAGUGAGUGACCCAGGCUGGAGUCCCUUACCUCAGUCUGCUGGUUGCCAAGAACUUUUCUUCAAAACUUACUAUAACUUAUAUAAAUAAAGCCAUAAAGUAAUUACGUACUAUAAAUUAUUAACAAUACUGUACUUAAGGUUCUUAUUUUAGGUAAUUUUAUUAUGACCGCCAUUUUCAUCCGGAACUAUAAAUUAUAAAUUAUUACUUAACGUAGUUUCUGGUGUAUAAGACACUGAUUUUAGAAGGAAUCAUCUAGAAAAAAUAUAUAUAUUUUGGAUGAUAUACAUCAAUGAAGUAAAACAGUCUUUCUGUAAAUACCAGUAGAGGUACAGUCAGUAGUAGUAAAACCCCCCUCCAUCCCCACCAGUAACCGGAACCUAAGCUAGUGAAGGCCGACAUUGACACAAUGAAACGUUGCCGGCCACAUAGUUCCAGAAUUAUCCAGUAACAUGGUAAUUAUCAGUAAGAAAUAUUAACUCUAAACCAUUAUAAAACAAAACAUCAGUUUCAUAAAUAUACAGUAAAUGGGAGAGCGAGUCUCACCUAUAAUUAAUCUGUGAGGACAGCAAUGCAUAAACACCACUGGCUGUUUUCACCAGACAACUACAAAUACAGUAAAUGACUUUUAAUGGUUACAGUAUUUGUAUUGCUAAAUCUAUCUAUGAACUACAGUAAUGAUAGUGACAAAUAGAUUACAAUCCAAUACUGUGCCAUAAAAUUAAAAGGCUAAAUAUUAUACUGAACUACUGUAUGAAUUUAGAACAUAAUUACUGUACUUUUCCUCUGGAGCUUUGUCUUGCACAGUGCCUAACAUAGAUCUCUUAACUCAGCUCUCAUUCCAGAAUUAAUGUUCAGUGAGCUGCCAUUUAUCAUUCUGGGAUAUCAGACUCUUUCUGUGAUAACUUAUUACAGUACAGUAUAUCAAAAUUUUGGAGUCGUAAUUUUGCAUUUCACAUUUUGGGGGCAUAAAAAUAUGUUAUUGAUAUUGUACAGUAUCUGACUUAAAACUUGUAGAUGUCACUUUGAAAAAUUCAUUUCUUCUGGAGUUGCCCUUUAGAUGAAUAAGGUUGAUUCAAGAACACAGGCUAGACUAGACACCUUAACAAGGUCUAUACAUGGGUGCUGGUCACUUGACAUAUGUAUGGUGCCUACAGGUUGGUAACAGUUUUAUCUGUCAUAGGGGCUGACGGCCAUCUUGCUGGGAGUCUUGGCAGUGUUCAAUAUUAAUAAGCCGACACAUCAAUAUCCAUCUGUAGUGAUCAAUCAUGUGGUGAUGGGGCUCAACAUGCUUAUUA